AGACCUUUUGGUAGUUGUCCUUGUCCUGGUCACUGAUCAUCCCUUUCCGACAACUCUGAUUAUCUUUCUCUCUCCCGUUCUAACUCUCUGUCAUAAUCUCGUCUGCUCCUCGAUCCUCUCCCUUCAUUUCUUUCCUCUUUUGAUUCUUUACCCAUUUCCCCAGAUUUCUCUUUUUAGAAACUCUCUUGAAGUAACUUUUCGUUGUUAGUGGAAGAGCUUCUCUAAAAAGGGAAUCUCUCUUCCUUACUUAUUGGUCUCUCCGGAGAUUCCGCGUGUGAAAAGUUCGUUUUGAUCUCUCUGAGGUUCUGUCCGAAGUUAAAAAAAAAAACUGAGAUCUUGGAGUCUCCAUUUAUCAAGAUAAACGAAUUUUCUGCGGUAACUUGAUUCUGAAGACUGGAGGGCUUUAACGUCUAUGAUGAAGAUGAAGCUGUCACGCAAAGAGCUCAGCUUUGUAUAAGCUCAGUUUUAGUAUAUUAGUAAAGUUCAGUAAUCAUGAAAGCUCCUUCAUCAAAUGGAGUGUCUCCAAAUCCAGUGGAAGGAGAUAGGAGAAAUAUUAAUUCAGAGUUAUGGCACGCUUGUGCUGGGCCAUUGAUAUCUUUGCCUCCACCAGGAAGUCUUGUUGUUUACUUCCCUCAAGGUCACAGUGAGCAAGUUGCAGCUUCAAUGCAGAAGCAGACUGAUUUCAUACCAAGCUAUCCGAAUCUUCCUUCUAAACUCAUCUGCAUGCUCCAAAAUGUUACAUUGAAUGCUGAUCCUGAAACAGAUGAGGUCUAUGCGCAGAUGACUCUUCAGCCAGUAAACAAAUAUGACAGAGACGCAUUGCUUGCUUCUGAUAUGGGUCUUAAGCUAAACAGACAACCUAAUGAAUUUUUCUGCAAAACCCUCACGGCGAGUGACACAAGCACUCACGGUGGAUUUUCUGUACCACGACGAGCAGCUGAGAAGAUCUUUCCUACUCUGGAUUUCUCCAUGCAACCACCUUGUCAGGAGCUUGUUGCUAAGGAUAUUCACGACAACACAUGGACUUUCAGACAUAUUUAUCGAGGUCAACCAAAAAGGCACUUGCUGACUACAGGCUGGAGUGUUUUUGUAAGCACAAAAAGGCUCUUAGCUGGAGACUCUGUUCUUUUCAUAAGAGAUGGAAAGGCGCAGCUUCUGUUAGGUAUAAGACGAGCAAAUAGACAACAACCUGCACUUUCUUCAUCUGUAAUAUCGAGCGAUAGCAUGCACAUCGGUGUUCUUGCUGCUGCUGCUCAUGCUAGUGCUAAUAACAGUCCUUUCACCAUUUUCUACAACCCAAGGGCUCCUGCUGAGUUUGUGGUUCCUUUAGCCAAGUAUACUAAAGCUAUGUAUGCUCAAGUGUCCCUAGGUAUGCGGUUUAGGAUGAUAUUUGAGACAGAGGAAUGUGGAGUUCGUAGGUAUAUGGGUACAGUUACUGGUAUCAGUGAUCUUGAUCCAGUGAGAUGGAAAAGCUCUCAGUGGAGAAAUCUUCAGAUUGGAUGGGAUGAGUCAGCAGCUGGUGAUAGGCCUAGUAGAGUUUCAGUUUGGGACAUUGAACCGGUUUUAACUCCUUUCUACAUAUGUCCACCUCCAUUUUUUCAACCUCGGUUUGCUGGCCAUCCCGGAAUGCCAGAUGAUGAGACUGACAUGGAGUCUGCGCUGAAGAGAGCAAUGCCAUGGCUUGACAAUGGCUUAGAGAUGAAAGACUCAAUGUUUCCUGGUUUGAGUUUAGUUCAGUGGAUGAGUAUGCAGCAGCAGAAUGGCCAGUUACCUUCUGCUGCUGCUGCACAAUCUGGUUUCUUCCCGUCGAUGCUCCCUCCAACCGCGGGGAUGCACAACAAUCUUGGCGGUAAUGAUGAUCCCUCAAAGUUACUGAGCUUUCAGAGGCCGAAUCCGAAAGCUUCAAUGUCCCAGUUGCCUCAGCCACCAACUACGUUGUCUCAACAACAGCAGAUGCAGCAGUUGUUGCACUCCUCUUUGAACCACCAGCAACAGCAAUCACAUUCUCAACAACAACAACAAUCUCUGCAGCAACAACAUCACCAGCCUCUACAGCAACAGACUCGGAAGCUGCAACAACAACAGCAGCAAUUGCAGUCUCAUUCACGUUCACAUCCGGAGCCGCAGUCACAGCCACAGCCACAACAGUUACAGCCUCAUCAGCAAUGUUAUCCUCCGCAGAAUCAGCUGUAUAAUGGUCAACAAGCAGCACAACAAGCAUCUAUGCAUCAUUUGCAACCACAAGUAGUUUCAGCAUCAAUGGCAAGCAGUGUCAUUGUGCCUCCUUCUAGCUCCCUUAACCAAAGCUGUCAACAGAAACAACAGUCUACGCAGCUUCAACACACACAUCGCCACUUAGGUCCUAGCGCUAGCCAGAGUAGUGUAAUAGAAACCAGCAAGUCUUCAUCUAAUCUGACGUCCAUACCAGCGCAAGACACACAGUUUCAACGACAACUAGAACAGCAGCAGCCUCCUGGUCUUGUCAAGGAACCCAAUCAGCAGCAGAAAGCUCAACAGGCGCAGGCACAUACACACCAACAGAUAUUCCAGCAGAGUCUCUUGGAACAACCUCAUUUACAGUUUCAGCUUAUGCAGAGAUUACAACAACAGCAACAACAACAGCAACAACAACAGCAACAACAACAGCAACAGCAGCAAUUUCUUAUGCCAGGAAGCUCGAGUUUGCAGCCUCAGUUACUCCACCAACAGUUGCAACCACCUCAAAUGUCUGUGAGCCGGCCACAGGAAAAACAAAACCCACUGGUUGGAGUAGGGGUCAAGGCUUAUUCAGGAAUUACAGAUGGAGGAGAUGCACCUUCCUCUUCAACCUCUCCUUCCACAAACAACUGUCAGAUCCCUUCUUCAACCUUCCUCAACAGAAGCCAAAGCGGGCCACAAGCAAUUUUGAUACCUGAUGCAUCUGUUAAUAUCUCUGGUAAUCUUGUUCAAGAUCUUUACAACAAAUCCGACAUGCGGCUAAAAAAAGAACUCAUAAAUCAGCAAAAGUCCAAAGCAAGUUUAACAGAUCAUCAGCUAGAAGCAUCUGCCUUUGGCCUCGAGAGUGAUUCAAGAAACAGCUUACUCGGUGGAGCUAAUGUGGACCAUGGCUUUGUGCCUGACACGUUACUCUCGAGGGGAUACGACUCUCAGAAAGAUCUCCAGAACAUGCUUUCAAACUAUGGAGGAGUGACAAAUGACAUUGGUACAGAGAUGUCUACUUCAGCUAUAAGAACUCAAUCUUUCGGUAUCCCCAAUGUGCCUGCCAUUUCAAACGAUGUAGCUGUCAAUGAUGCUGGAGUUCUUGGUGGCGGAUUAUGGCCAACUCAGACUCAACGGAUGCGAACUUAUACUAAGGUGCAAAAGAGAGGUUCAGUGGGGAGAUCAAUAGACGCCAACCGUUACAGAGGCUAUGAUGAGCUGAGGCAUGAUCUGGCGCGCAUGUUUGGUAUAGAAGGACAACUUGAAGAUCCACAAACAUCAGACUGGAAACUUGUCUAUGUUGAUCAUGAAAACGACAUCCUUCUUGUUGGUGAUGAUCCAUGGGAGAAGUUUGUGAACUGUGUUCAGAGUAUAAAGAUCCUUUCAUCAGGUGAGGUUCAACAGAUGAGCUUGGACGGUAACUUUGCUGGUGUACCAGUUACUAACCAAGCUUGUAGUGGCGGCGGUGAUAGUGGCAAUGCUUGGAGAGGUCAUUAUGAUGAUAACUCAGCCACCUCGUUUAACCGGUGA